AUGUUAACACUAGCGAGACCUGCCUCGCAUUCUCCCCCUCUAAGCCGGAGUCAAACCACCUUUUUGGCUCAACAACGUCUUUUCUACCAGAAUAAGCAGCUCGAGCUUUACGCUGCCAGGGAAGCUAACAGGUUGACUCUUCGUCAAUUGCUGUUUUUUGGGCGCUCCACCUCCGAUGCUGAGCGUCUUAUCAAGAGUGCAAACUAUGUUCGAACAGAACUACCCAUACGAAUUGCUCAUCGACUGCGCGACAUGCAGAAACUUCCUUUCAUCGUUGUAGCGCAGGGAGAAGUAGCUAAGGUUUAUGAGCUCUACUGGUCUGCUUUCGAAAAAUUCAGACGCUAUCCUCCGAUAACCACUACUGACGAAAACGAUGCAUUCUGUGGGUUCUUGACCGAUAUUUUGCGGGAACAUUGGGCUGUGAUUCCCAACCUCUCCCUUGGUCUCUCCCUUGCUAGCCCACAUCUCUCGGCGGAUGUUCUUGAUUCUUUCAUGCGACGAAUGCUGAUUUCUCGCAUUUCUCGACGCGUUCUUGCCGAGCAUCACAUUGCGCUGUCAAGAAUGCAUUCAGGCAAGACUUCCACUUACCCAGAACCUCAUGUGGGUAUCAUUUUUACUGCAUUGGAUGUCAAGCGCUCUCUCGAGAAAUGCGCCAAUCUUUUACGGAAUCAAGGUAAAGGAUGGCCGGAGAUUGUGGUUGACGGCCAUGUCACUACCCGCUUUGCCUAUAUCAAAGAACACCUGGAGUACAUUCUCUUUGAGCUCUUGAAAAAUGCGAUGCAGGCAACCGCUUUACACCAUCGAGGGGCUCCAGGUCUCCCUCCCAUCCGAGCGACAGUUUCCUCUGGAGCGAAUGACGUUGGAGUCAGAAUAUCCGAUCAAGGCGGCGGUCUUGCAACUGUGAAAACUCCUUCCGAUCUUUUUUCCUUUUCACAUCUUCGGAAUGCUGCGCGUCUUGACGACUCUCAUAUCGAUGCGUUGCGUUCCGUUAGCUCAAGUCCUCUUGGAAUGCGAGCGACAGUUGACGAACAGGUUGGACGCUGGAAACAAGACUUGAUUGACCCCGACCCCGAGGUCCAGGCCGGUGUGGGACAUACUAAGAUUGGAAUCGGUCUCCCUAUGAGUAAUAUUUUCGCUACCUACUUUGGAGGCUCGCUGGAGCUUGUAACAAUGAACGGAUGGGGGACUGAUGUCUAUCUAAGACUCCCGAAGUUGGGCACAAAUUUAGAAACCCUGGAAGGAAGCGAAUUGUAG